AUGAUUCAUUUAAAUUCCAAUGAAUUGGUAGAAAUAGUGAAAUAUAUAACAUCAACUGUUGAUGUUACAAAGUUUAUGUUUAUAUCUAAAAAAGUUCGCGAAAUAUUAAAGACUUAUACAUAUAAUCCGUUUCCAAUUACACCACAAAUAUUUUUUGAUGUUUUUCCACAUAUUAAAGAAAUUAACAUUUGGAAUAAAGAGGAUUGUAAUUUUUUUAUUGAUUAUGAAAUUUUUGAAGCUUUUCAAAAUGUUGAAUUUAAUUUGCUCUUUCAAGUCGAUUUCAAGACAGCUACAGAAAUAAGGGAAUAUCUGGGGAACAAUUUUCAAUUCAAAAAAGUUUGUUUUACAUCAAAUGAUGUUAAAGAGUUUGGGUAUAAGUUUGAUCAAUUUCAACAGAACAUCACAAUAACUAUUAUUAAUGAUUUGUGUUUUGAAUAUAGAACAUCUCUUGGGGAAAUUAAUUUACCCAAAUCUCUCAUUCGUCUUGGGAAAGCCUGUUUUUCUAAUUGUAUUGGCUUAACCGAGUUAUAUUUACCACAACACAUCAUUUGUAUUGAUAACAAUUGUUUCUAUAAUUGUAGUAAUUUGAUUUCUAUAUCAAUACCUUCUGAAGUGACUUGUAUUGGAGAGUCCUGUUUUGAAAAUUGUUCUUCUUUAAAAAGAGUGCAAUUUAAUAGGUUAAUUAAGCUUUUUUCCUUAUACAGAUUAUUAAGAAAUAUUAGUAUUGAAAAACUCUAA